UAUAGGUUCAUGUAAUGUUAGAUCUGUUUCCUUGGUGACUAUUUGAAGCUCUUUAUAAAGCAUAUCUCAGGUUUUCAACAACUCUGGUCUGAGAAGCACCUUGUGCACUUCAAUUUAAAAUGAAAGAUGAAAUUGCUGCCACAGUCUUCUUCAUCACAAGGCUAGUGAAAAGGGAAGACAAGUUGAGCAAGCAUAAAAUGGAGAAAUUUGCAGCAAAGCUGACAACAAUACUGUUUGAAAAGUAUAAGAAUCACUGGUAUUUGGACAAUCCAUCCAGAGGACAAGCCUUCAGGUGUAUAAGGAUAAACAAACAUCAGACAAGAGAUCCACUGCUGGAGCAAGCUUGUGUGGAGAGUAAUGUGGACUUCAAUAAACUUGGUUUGCCAAAAGAGAUGACACUAUGGGUUGAUCCAUUUGAGGUGUGUUGCAGAUAUGGUGAGAAGAACCGGCCUUUCACAAUUGCCCAUUUUGAAGGAGAGGAGAACCCAGAGCUUCCUCAGCAGAUCAGCUAUGCUGUUGACAGAGCAGCACUAGACUAUCAUUCUGGCAUUUCUUCAGAUGAGGAGAGCUUCAACAAGGAGCCGAAAGCUAUCCCUACUGUCAGCAAUCCCAACAGUGUCUACCAGUUCAGUGACUACUGCAAGGCACCCAUACAGCCCUGGUCUCAAUAUCUUCAUAGGAAGACCUAUAUGACUGAUGGCUCAUACUAUGACCAGCACAGGGGUUACAAAGUCUACAGGCCAACAGCUGCUUUCACAGGACCGCGUGUUGAUAGAUACCACUGGAUCAAUACCAAGCGGUAGAUCUGUGGCUGCACCUGUUAUAGGCUGUUGAAAUGCUGAGCUAUGGUAUGGGAUGAAGGCUGGCACUACAACGUUUUCAUAGAAACAGAAAGCACUUACUGUCUAAUCCCUAUCUCUUACUUUGUACAUCUGAAACUUUGGGGUUUUAUUAUAUAACCUUUUAAAUGUUUUAUUAAUGUUAACAUAAGAUUGAAAAUUAAUGUGAGACUCUACUUGUAAGUUAAAAAGGAAAUGCAUAUAUCAAUAAAUCUGCUCAUGUUUUUUUUAAAAGCUGUCCGAUCUGCUCUCAGUGCCCUGGAGGGAGUU